GAGGAACUCACCAGCACCAGCGUGGAGCACCUCAUCAUCAACCCCAACGCCGCCUACGAGAAGUUCAGGGACAAGCGCCUGGGCACCGAGGGAGUGGAUUUCUCCGAUCGCAUCGGCAAGACCAGGACAACGGGCUACGAGUCCGGGGAGUAUGAAAUCCUCGGCGAGGGUCUGGGUGCCAAAGAGACGCCCCAGCAGCGGUGCCAGCAGCUGCAGCACGAGGUGCAGGAGCUGGUGAGGGAGGUGGAGCAGAUCCAGAGCACGGUGAAGGAGUCGGCGGCGGAGGAGGAGCUGACGCCCAUGGCCUUGGCCAGGCAGGUGGAAGGUCUGAAGCAGCAGUUGGUCUCCAGCCACCUGGAGAAGCUGCUGGGUCCCACGGCGGCCAUAGACUUCGCCGACCCCGACGGCGCCUUGGCCAAGCUUCUGCUGCAGCAGCUGGAGGUGAUCGCGGAGUUGGAGAAGCGGUUGGCGCAGUUGGAGGCGACGGUGCGGUGCGAGCCUGACAGCCAGAACCCGCUGUUGGUCGGGCUGAAGGGCACCAGUCUGGUGGACGCCGUGCAGGUCCUGCAGGCCAAGGUCAACAUCUUGGACGUGGCCGUGCUGGACCAAGUGGGAGCCAGGCUGCAGAGCGUCCUGGGGAAGGUGAACGAGAUCGCCAAGCACAAGGCAACCGUGCAAGACGCCGAUACGCAGAGCAAG